UGUACUAGCAGUGAACGUACAAUGAGGUGUGGUUCGAAGGAAACUGUACGUUUUUUAGUCCCUACACAAAGUACGCCCCGUUAGGGAAGGGUCAGAGCAAUGGAGGCUCAUUAAUGUGAAAGAGAAGCCAUGCGGGGCGUUGCAAAUCGGUGUUUUUUUCUCCGCUUCCAAAAGCUGCUUAUCAAUCGUGAUUGGUCAGAAAAGGGAUUUGCUGCGUGUUUUGCCGACAAUAUCAAUACGAAUCGGAGAGUUACGGGGCGUACUGGCUGACGGAGGCCUGUGCUUAACAAAAAAUGGGACAGGUGUACCUUCCAAUUUCCCCCCAGCAAGGGAAUGUGGAUUCAGCGAUAAGUUUUGCGCUGUUUGUUGUUGAUGCGCUUCUUGGCAGGUCUUUCCUUUUGUUUUGAGUUUUUACUGGGUACCUAUUUUUUAUGUUGAAAAUCAUAUCAGAUUAGCGCAUUGGAGUAUUUGAAGUCAUCUAAAUGACGUCUCUUUGAUUAAAGCAAUUUUUCAGAAAAAAUGAAACAUUUGAAUCAAUAUUGCUGAGAGAAACUGUACUCAGCUCAGGAAAUUAUAAAGAAUUUUAUAAAAAUCUCUUCAAUAAUUUAGAACUUGGUUGCAAAAUUAAUAUAAACCAAAUAAAUAUACGCAUAAAUCUAUUACCUACAUACUUAGAACUAGGUUCUUAGGAAGCUUACUCCUAUCCUACCCAAUAGCAAAGUACGUCUAGCGAGUAGGUGCUGCGUAAAAUUGGCUGUAAUUUUUCCUAGUUAAUUAAAGCCAAUUAUAUUAACUACAUCAUUAUAAGACCUAAUUAUACAGAACAGUAACGUGCUAGACAAUGUAUUGAAGAGCGCAAAGGUAGAGCAUCAGAAGAGUUACUUUUUUAUUAGAAGAGACGUUAAUAAACUGAACGUCUAUAUGCCAAAGACUCUAGAACAGCGAGCACUUAGUUCCAUAUUGAGUACAAGAAACACUGACGUAACCAUGAAGGAUAAUAAAAUGAUAUCCGUUUACAUUUUCCUUGUAUAGCUUCUAACCUGUUUAUCCUAUUUUGUUGCUCAGAGGACCAUUCAAUGUACAACAGUUGUUCAAGUAAGGAAAAGACGAUUGAAGUAUUUCAAACUCAACUAAAUCAUUCAUAGGGUACGAAAGCUUAACGUCAUCCUCAUAAAAGUAGUCUACCGCAGUCAGAGAUAAAGUAAGUUAUGUCGUUGAUGAUAACUUUAAAUCAGAGUGGGCCAAGAAUAAUGUCUAGCAGGACCUCUGUUUGAUUUGAAAAAGGUAUUGAACAUGCUCCGAUGCUCCAAUGUGAACAGAAAUAUUGCUAUUCAAUAAAUAGCUGAAGCAUCAUUCAAUGCAUACCAUGAUUCUAGUUCCUUGGACAUACACGCAAUGAUAAUACGAGUUCAUGUAUUUGUCUCAUUAAGUGCAUAUCAGUAAUCAGCUCAAGCUGAGCUUCAGAUUGGCCUGCUUUAUUUAAAUAUCUUAACGUACCAGACUUAACUUUACGAUGCAACUCAGAUAAGCAGCCCUUCAGAGUGAUUACAGUUCUGCAUAAACCCCAAUUGACGUGCAAAACGAGAGUGCUAUCGCACAUAAUUUUAUCAGCAAAAAUUAGAAAGAAUAAAAACAAAAAACCUGCAACAGCCGUCGUGUUUAAACCAUACCGAACCAUCCCAUUCCACGCUAGUUGCAUUGCAAAAGUCAUCCAAACCCAAUCAAUACCCCUCCCGGAACAAUGCGUGCGUUGUGGCUAGUAAUUGCGCUUAGCGUGUGCCUCCUGCUGCCUGCCGUGAUACAGGGAGCAAGUAUAUCAAGCCCGGAAGAUAUCGAUUGGUCCAGCGUACGUUCGAUACGAGAGAGGCCGGGCUAUCGUGGUGCCGUUUCAAGCCUUUCGGAGGAGCCCAACCGUUCGCAGCGCAUCUUGAACGGUGUGACGGUAGCGCGCGGUGACAUUCCUUAUGCAGCUGCCAUAUUAAUUAGUGAAGAAUUUGCUACCUAUUUCUGUGGCGGUGUGCUGGUUUCUGAGUUGUUCGUGCUAACGGCUGCAUCGUGUGUUGAGGGUGAUCGUGAUCUUUCCAUUACGGUGCUGCUCGAUGCUGCCCAAAUCAACAGCGCUGGGGAGUUCAUCGCGGUGUCGGAGAUCAUUGUACAUCCGGCGCCGUCCGACAACGACAUUGCACUGCUUCGGCUAAACCGUGCCGUCAGACUUAAUGACAAUAUACGCCCUGUGACACUGCCCAACCGCCGACAGCGUACGAUGACGUUCGUCAACCAGCUGGCGUCGAUCUCGGGCUGGGGUCGUACCGCUUCCAACACAAACGAGGCACUACCUCUCAACAAUCUGCGCCUGGUGCGCAAUCACGUCAUGAGCAACUUCAACUGUGGCGUCUCGUUCCCGUUCACCAUUACCGAUCAACAUAUCUGCAUCACGGGCGACAGUGGCAGUGCCUGUGCGGGUGACGAAGGUGGUCCACUGACCACGGUUGACGUCGUAACGGGACGUACGUUCCUGAUCGGGCUGUACUCGUUCACCUCGUUCCUGGGGUGCGGUAUGGGACGCCCAACCGUGCACACGCGCAUUACGGAGUAUCUGGAUUGGAUUGAAGCGAACUCCGACGUGGUGAUACUGGACAACUGGGACACGGUAGCAUAAGCAAAGGCAAGGACGGUAGAUCAAAUAAAAACUUAUUCGCAAACGCAAAAAAAAA